UGAAAUUUUCCAUUACUUGAGCUUGUAAAAACUCCAUGAAUAAAAACAAAUGAAGGAAACCCAUUUGAGGGAGGAAAUUAAGGGUGAGUUUGCAAAGCCUCAAUGGGUUCUCCAAGAUUGCUGUUUCUCUUUUCUUAUGUUGUUCCACAACUAGUUUCCCCAACCAUUUCUCAGCCUGAUUUUAUGCACCAGUUCUGUUACAACGACAGAGGUAACUACACAGAAAACAGCACCUAUCAGAGAAACCUCGACAGCGUCCUUUCUUCCCUUGCCUCCAACACUGAAAUUGACUACGGAUUUUACAAUCUUUCCAUUGGCCAAGCCCCCAACCAAGUAAAUGCUAUUGCACUUUGUAGAGGAGAUGUUGGGUUGGAUGACUGCAGAGGUUGCAUCAGUAACUCUACUCGCAAAAUCUUACAGGUUUGUCCUAACCAGAAGGAUGCAGUUGGAGUGUAUGAUUUCUGUACACUGCGAUACUCCAACAGAUCAAUAUUUGGUGCGUUAGAAGGAAUACCCACUUUCUAUGUAUGGAACUUGAACAACGCCUCGGAUGUGAACCAGUACACUCAAGCACUGCAAACUUUGUUGGGUAGACUUCGAAGCACGACUGCAUCAGGGGAUUCGAUUCGAAAGUUCGCGACAGGAGAAGAAAGUGCAGGAUUUGAAAGGGUAUUUGCACUUACCCAAUGCACUCCUGACUUAUCUACUCAGCAGUGCGAUGAGUGCUUGGCUGGGGCUAUUCAGGAAAUUCCAAAUUGUUGUGCGGGGAGGAUAGGAGCCAGCAUUAUAAAACCCAGCUGUGAAGUCAGGUUUGACAACAGGCUCUUUUAUGUACUUGCAUCCAACGCCCCACCUCCAUCACCGCCAAUAUCUCCUCCUCCUCCACUUAUAAAAGGAAAGAAGAGCAACAAAGCACGAACGAUCAUUAUAAUAGUAGUUCCAAUUGUUAGCGUUGCGAUAUUAGUCAUCUGCUUUUGUGUUUUCUUGAGGAUGCGAAAGCCAAAGGAAAAAGUUGAAACCGUAGAUGAAAUAGAAAGUGCAGAUUCUUUGCAAUUAGAUUUUGGAACUGUUAGAGUUGCAACAAAUAACUUUUCAGAGGAAAAUAAGCUUGGACAAGGUGGAUUUGGUGCUGUUUACAAGGGUACACUAUAUAAUGGACAAAAAAUAGCUGUCAAAAGGCUUUCUAAGGAUUCAGGACAAGGAGAUCUAGAAUUUAAAAAUGAAGUCUUAUUGGUGGCCAAACUUCAACAUCGAAAUUUAGUUAGGCUUCUUGGUUUUUGCUUGGAAGGCUAUGAAAGGCUUCUUAUCUAUGAGUUUGUGCCUAACACUAGCCUUGACCAUUUCAUAUUUGAUCCAACAAAUCGUGAAGAAUUAGAUUGGGAUACACGUUACAAGAUUAUCUGUGGCAUAGCUCGAGGGCUUCUCUAUCUUCAUGAAGAUUCUCGGCUUCGAAUCAUUCAUCGUGACCUCAAAGCUAGUAAUAUUUUAUUAGAUGCUGAUAUGAACCCUAAAAUCUCAGAUUUUGGCAUGGCAAGAUUGUUUGUAAUGGAUCAAACUCAAGGCAAUACAAGUAGAAUUGUGGGAACCUAUGGCUAUAUGGCUCCAGAAUAUGCAAUGCAUGGACAAUUUUCGGUUAAAUCAGAUGUAUUUAGUUUUGGUGUGCUACUUUUGGAGAUUGUGAGUGGUCAAAAAAACAAUAGUUUCCGCAAUGAAGAGAGCAUAGAGGACCUAUUGAGCUAUGCUUGGAGAAAUUGGAAGGCAGGGACAUCCAUAAAUCUUAGAGACCCUAGUUUGAGGAAUGGUUCAAGUUCAGAAAUGAUGAGAUGCAUCCACAUUGGGUUGCUAUGUGUGCAAGAGAAUGUGGUUGAUAGGCCAACCAUGGCUUCAGUUGUUCUCAUGCUAAAUAGCUACUCUCUUACUCUACCAGUGCCCUCAGAACCAGCAUUUUUUAUGCACAGCAACAGUGUAUCAGAUAUGACAUCUUCAGUUAGUCAUAACUCUAGGAUCACACAAUCCUCCCAGUCGAAAAUUGAAACUCUCCCAUUGUCUAGAAAUGGAUUGUCGAUUACAGAUUUAUACCCUCGAUAAAGAUUAAGGGAAAAAAGAAUAGUAUAGACCAUCUCUACUAGACUAUUUUUCCAUAGAACUGAGGAAUAAUAUGAGUGAAUAGAAAAUUUUGGUGCGAGGGAGACAAUGGUACCAUUCUAUCACUCAAAGUUCAACUACGUGAUUUUCUUUUUGAUUUACAUUGACUUGUAAUUUUCUAUUUUGGUACAUAGUGAGUUAUUUAGAUUCAAACAAGUUUCUGUGUUCUAUUUGUUUUAUUUCUUUUUACUUAUUCAUUAUUUGAAAUAAUAUGUAAAAUCUUAUGUGUGUAUAUCUAAUACUCCAACUCUAACUGGCCAAAUAAAGUAAGUCCAAAUAAAUCUUUGAUUGACUAUGAUAUUGCACUUCUAUCAGAGCCCUUCUUGUUACUAGGAGUUAGUGUUGGAUUAAUUUGUAAUAGAGUUUUCCCAGAGUGGCUUAUCACAAUUUUGUUUGUUGUUUUUCUUGUUUGGACCACUGUCAAGACUUGUAAGAAUGGGUUCUGCACUGGAGGAUGGACUCAGAAGAGGUGAGGAGAAAUGGUUAUGAAGAUUUGGAAAGUUUGUUGGUUAAGGAUGGAUUUAGUAUUACAAGUGAAGUGGUGGAGAGUAACAAAGAGACUCUUUUGUGUAUGGAACUGGAAAACAAAUUGAGUUUUCCAUGGCAGAAAUUGGGGGUCUCACUGUUGAUCUGGUUCUCUCUCUUUUCUUUAUCUCCUUCAUGGCAAUCGUUACGGAGAGGUGUGAGCUUCUUGCUUGUAUAAUUGUUCUCCUUAUUAAAUGAUUUUUCUCUUUUAUGCUAAACAAGUUGAGAUUAGUGGUUUA